GCCUUCAAAGGAUUCACCUUGGGCAGUAGAAGAGCCCAGCUGUGGCUCCAUCCAAGGUGGAUCCAAGAUAGAUGCUGGGUCAUGAGUUUUCACACUUUUAGUACUUUUGGUCUAUUUACAUAUUAGGGUUACUUGUCCAAUGACAGCUCCAGGUUAUGCUGAGAUGAGUCCCAUCCUCUCAGAUUCUCUCCUCAAUUUGCUGUUGUUUACACGUUUUGGACCUGAAUGGUGUCCCUGGUUCUCAGGCUGGAUAAGGAUUGUUUUUUCUGACUGAGCUGUGAAGAGAACUUGCUGACACUUUACAUGAAGUUCAGAGUCACACUCCACUGCAGUGCAGAAUCUGGGAAACAUGAAGGUUAAACCAAAGGCAUCACCCUUGCCCUGUGCCCCAGGUCUUUUCCCACCCCAGCGCCCAUCUCCACCUUUAUCCCGAUUUCCCUCCUUAUCCUCAUUCCAUCCCCAGGCCCCGCCCCCGGCCGUGACUCAGCCGCCCCCCGCCCUCCCAUUGGCCGCUGGCGGCGCACGCGGGGCCGCGCCAUUGGCUCUGGCGGCCGUGACGUCACGGCGCGGCGGGAGCGUGACUCAGCACGUGUGCGCGCUGACUCAGCACCGGGCGCCGAUAAAGGCGCGCCCGCCGCGGGAUUCGGGAUUUUGUGGCUGUCCCGCCGUGCCAUGGAGCUGCCGUGGCUGGGCGAGCACUGCUCCGAGCGCUCCUGCAAACAGCUGGAUUUCCUUCCUCUGAAAUGCGAUGCAUGUGGGGAAGUCUUCUGUAAAGAUCACAUCCGCUAUGAUGACCAUAAGUGCAGUUCUGCCUACAAGAAAAAUGUGCAGGUCCCAGUGUGUCCCCUCUGUCACACACCUAUCCCAGUGCAGAAGGGAGAAAUCCCAGAUAUUGUGGUUGGAGCCCACAUAGAUAAGGACUGCAAAUACAAUCCAGCACAGCAGAAGAUCUUCACAAACAAAUGUGUAAAGCCAGGCUGCAAAAGGAAAGAGAUGAUGAAGUUGGUUUGUGAACAGUGUGGUGGCAGCUUCUGCAUAAAACAUCGGCAUCCUCUGGAUCACGACUGCAAAGGGAGCAGCCAGCCCAUCUCCAAGGCAGGAUAUGCAGCUCUGAUGAGAGCAGCUCAUUCCACCUUCAAGUCCCCGGCAGCAACUGGAGUGCCAUCUAAUGGGAAUCGUCAGCACAACAGGUGCAGAUAGUAGAGGCUCUUCACAUCUGGAUCAAACCUUUAUUUUAAAGUUAUUUUUUUCUCUCUCUUUAAAUUUCUAUGCAAUUAAUUUAUUUUUGUAUUGUAAUUUUGUAGGCAUUCAAUAAACUGUUACCCUUUCUAAGCCAACAUAA